AUGCGUUCUGCGGCAAAGCUGUUUUACACAGCGGUCUUCGCUUUUGUGACUGUAGCAGAUGCUAGUCAUGCCUCGAAAGAGCUCGACACUGCGAAAUGCGCUUUUGAUCCCUCGGCCAUGGUUACAGACGCGUGCGUUUCAUACGGCACCAUCAAUAAACUCAACGACGACGUCUACUCUCUCCUUCAAUCCCUCACCACCGAAACCGAUUUCUUCUCAUAUUACCGAUUGAACCUGUUUAACACUGAAUGCCCGUUCUGGUCCGAUGCCAAUAGCAUGUGUGGCAACAUCGCCUGCUCCGUGAACACGAUCGAGUCCGAGGAGGACAUCCCGCUCACUUGGCGCUCGGAAGAGCUGAGCAAGCUGGAGGGGCCGAAAGCCAACCAUCCGCCACGCAGGGUACAGGCGGAACGUCCCAAAGAGCGCCCUCUCCAAGGUAUGCUCGGAGAGGGCGUCGGCGAGAGUUGUGUAAUGGAAUAUGACGACGAAUGUGACGACCGGGACUACUGUAUCCCCGAGGAUGAGGGCUCAGCGGGCAAGGGCGACUACGUGAGCUUGGUGGACAACCCUGAACGAUUCACCGGAUACUCCGGACCGGGUGCGCACCAAGUAUGGGACGCCAUUUAUCGCGAAAACUGUUUCAUGAAGUCCACUGAGGAAGGACUGGAAGAGCAGUCUUACAACAUGCCUCUUGGCGGACUUCAGGCAGCGUCUGAUUUCCGCAACGUGCUACAGAAGGAGUCGCAGCGCCUGGACGGUCGAGAGUUAGAAUUGGACAAUGAGUGUCUGGAGAAGCGAGUUUUCCACCGUCUUAUUAGCGGCAUGCACGCAUCUAUUUCAACCCACCUCUGCUGGGAUUACUUGAACCAGACCACUGGCCAGUGGCAACCUAACAUGCAGUGCUAUAAGGAACGGUUGCAUGACCACCCCGAGCGCGUCUCUAACAUGUACUUCAACUAUGCUCUGGUGUCACGCGCCGUGGCCAAGCUGCGCAAGCACCUGCAAGGCUACACUUUCUGUACCAGCGACCCGGUCCAGGACUUUGACACCAAGCAGCGAGUCAACGAGCUUGCGGAAAUUCUGGCGCGCCCUCCUCGCAUCUUUGAUGAGGAGCUGAUGUUCCAAGAUCCCAUUGCCCACGGUCUUAAAGACGAUUUCCGGAACCGGUUCCGCAACGUCAGCCGCUUGAUGGACUGUGUUGGCUGCGACAAAUGCCGUCUUUGGGGCAAACUGCAGGUCAAUGGAUACGGAACCGCAUUAAAGGUUCUCUUCGAGUACGAUGAGACCAAGAACGGCGAGAACCCGCCUCUGCGCCGCACGGAGCUGGUCGCUCUGAUCAACACCCUCGGCCGUAUCUCUCAUAGUCUUGCUGCCGCGCGUAGCUUCCACGAAGCCUACGAGGCGGGUCAGGAGCAUGCGUUCCCCCUCCACCACUACGCUCCUAUUGCCCCCAAGAAUGCCGAAGUGACGCCGGACAAGAACCAACCCAGACGUGUAUUCCACGAUGGUGCUGGUAAUCUGUACUAUGAGGAGAACGAUGAUAGCGAUUGGUACCACGGAGGCCAGAAGAUGGAGGGACGUAAGCCCUGGGAGUACCCAGCUCGCCCCGAGACGGCCACCCCUUACGAUGACUUGGUGACUGAGUGGACCGUUAUCCGCGACACAACUCUGUACGUCGUGAAGAGCUGGAUGGGAAUCCCUCGUACCUGUGAUAACCGGAGUGCUGACUUGGCGAAUAGUUAUGGCAUUUUGAAAUCCGAGUCCGAGCGACUCUGGGCUUUCUGGCUCGGUCUGCCUGUUCCUCCUCGCCAGUGGAAACUCAAGGCUCCCGGGUCAGACGAUCCUAUGCGUAAUUCUGUUGAUUAUAAAGAGCUUUGA